GGAAUUGGGUGAUAACAACCUCAACGAAAUCAAGACAGGAACAUUGAAAAGUCUUCCAAGUUUAACAACUCUGUCAUUGUGGGGGAAUGCUAUCAAAGAAAUCAGUGCAGAAACCUUCCAAAAUCUUAAAAGUUUAUCAACUCUGAAUUUGCGGAAUAAUAUUAUCGCGGAGAUCAAACCAGACACCUUCCAAAGUCUUUCCAGAUUAAAGAUUCUGAAUUUGGGUGGUAACAAUAUCAAAGAAAUCAAAACAGGAACCUUCCAGCAUCUUACUCGUUUAAUAUAUCUAUAUUUGAGGAACAACCGAAUACAAAACUUUGAGGAUGGCACCUUCUUAUUCCUUCCCAGUUUAACUAAGAUUGACCUCAAAGAAAAUAGAGACAUGAGGUGUGGAUGUCACCUGCCAGCCUUGGUAAAUUAUGUGAACAGAACGUUCAACAUAGAUUUGAAUGUCCAGGGCGAGUGUCAGACAGAUCCAGGCAACAACCAAAACAAAAUUAUACCUAUAAUGGAAUUCUCGCAAUGUCAAAAUUACUCGUUAUUUCAACGGAAUUUGCAAUGUCAGACAUGUUCACGGAUGACGUGCAGCGCUUCAGAUGUAAGAAGCUGUCCCGAAGCAGAGCCUGUUUGCCGCCGCGAAUUAUCAUUGGACGGUGUUACAUUGAAGUUUGAAAAAUCCUGCAGCACAUACAGAAAAUGUCUUGAAGAUAUCAGAAACAAUACCUUUACCUGCAACAAAUGGACCAGUGGUACCUCUUGCGUUGCUUGUUGCACCGGAAACUUAUGCAACAAGAACAAUUUCAUAGGUUCGAAUAACUCCUUUGUAUUUCAUCUGAUUUUCAAUUCGAUUUUGAAGAAGUCCAAUGAAGACAUAGCUAGAAGCAUGGAGCAUGAGUUAUCAUACUUGACAGGAACAUUCGAAGUUGCGUAUUGUGGUUCCGAAAAGAAUAGUGAGGUAUUUACUAUUAAUUGCACAGUACCACGUACAAUUACUAAGGACCAAAUUUUUAAACAAGUUUCUGAAACUUUUAAGACAUCACAGACUUUGCGUGAUUUGGGAUUGCAACAACGGAACACGGAGUUAUUUGAUGAAAUGUUUUGUAAUGAAGAUUCUACAACUACAAGCAAUAACACUUUCCAUUGGCCAAUGACAAAAAUAGGAACUAGUGUGACGAUCCCAUGCCAUGCAAAUGUCGCAACAAGAUACUGGUUCGUUUCUAUUGUUUUAUUUCAUAUCAAACUUUGA